AGACCGAAGACGCGACACGGUUUGCGCAGCGCGAAGAAUAGGGAGCAACUCGGUCGACGCAAUUCAAGUUGAACUCAACAAGCUGUGUUCUCGCAUUCUUGAAUCUACAAAUUACAAUAUUUAAAUGUCGUCUGGCAAAGAUAUAGGUCCCCGGCCUACUAGAAGCCUACUGGAUGCGGUCGAGCAUUUGGAAUCAGUCGCCUUUAUCCCGGCCAAACAGCGCCACACAGACGCCAGCCAACUUGCCAAAACAAUCGCCUCGGACGCGUACGAGAGCGGGAUCCCCCAUGUCAUUCUCGAGCGUCUGUUAAAGAUCCUCACAUCAAGCAGUAACCUUGACCAAAGCACCACCACGACUCUAAUCAAAAACCUCUAUCCCCUGGAACCCGUUUCAUCCAAAAUCAUCACGCAGGUAGUAUGCUCUCUCGGACCCAGCAAGAACAAGCCAACGCCUGCGACUCAGGCGUUGCUCCUGCGAUGGCUGCUGCUGGUGUAUGACUUUCUGGGAGAUCGGACGCAUCUGUCGAAACUUUACGCGGUGCUUUUCAACUACCUGGAUAUGAUCAGUCUGCGGAAACCGCUGUGUCAUUUACUUUCGAUUAUUACUAGACGGAAGCAUGUGAAGCCUUUUCGGAUUCAGGCUCUCAUGGAGUUGCUUAGGAAUACGGGUGGUGAAGAGAAGGAGCUUGUCAGUCUACUUAGGGUGUUUAAGAACUACUACCCUGAUAUCAUUGUGGGAGAUCUGGGGAUGAUGAGGAAGGCCGGGUUGGUCUUUAAACAUCCGGAUCCUGAGUGGACCAGCCAUGGGAAACAUCUCCAGGAAACCAAUGCGGAGAGAUCGCGGGCGUCGCAGCAGUCUAGUUUCCAAGUCGUCCACCGCGGUCUAGUGAAGAGAAGCAAAGCGGAGAUUGUGGUUCCGGACGUGCAGACUUCGCGGGUGCCCCAUGGACGGACGUCUCUGGAGGAACUGCGUGGUGUUGACCAUUUUGUCGAGAGGAUUGAUAAGAUCGAGUUACCCAACCAGAUCAUAUCGACUAUGGGAGACAGGUUGGCUCAGAAGUACCUGUUUCUGGUUCAGUCGGACGCUGCGAGUGCCCGGUUGGACGAUUGGCUGCUCAGCUUCCUGAGUGACAAGUUGGAGCAGAUCCGUGAUUGCGAUGAGGAUGAUCCGGAGAUGCUCACUUAUAUCCUCAGUCUGGCUGCUGAUUAUGUUCAAUACGCAAAGGAAAUUCCGGCUGCCAUCGUCUCUUUCGUGAAAGCAUACCUUGCCUUGUGGAAUGGCCGUGACAACAAAGACCAGAUCUUCCAUCUCCUCGAGUAUCUUCCUGUCGAUUCUUUCGACUCAAUACACGAAGAGUUCUUGUUCCCCUUGGAAUCUGCCGUGUUAGACGAUACACUGGCUUCCAGAGUCGCCAUCCUCGAGUUCUACUCUUCCCUAGUCCGCCAAUGGGGCAUAAAGCUUCGGACAGAGCCAUCUACAUCCGCAGAAUCAAAGCCCCUAAGCCAUCUCGUCACACACGCAGAACUCCUCGCCCUAUCAAUCCUAGAAAUCCCCGCCUCAACCCACGCAAUCGACAACGACACCCAAUCCAAACCAGCCACUCUCUCCGUCCUCGACUUCUAUAGCACCCUAGGCGAACUCUUCUCCUACGCCUCCCUAAACGGCAACAUCCGCCUCACAAUCCCCCUUUCCCCAACAGUCUACACCCUAGUCUUCACCCCCAUGAGUUCCGUCAUCUCAAUAAUAAGCUCCGUCCUCGCAAACUACAAAUCUUCCUUCGAAGCCUCCCUGACCUCCGAAGUCCUGCAGUCGCAAACACCAAAUGGCACCGAGAACCUCUACCCCACACAACUCGUCGGCCAGUUCAACGGCUACGUCAUGGAUAUCUGUAACCUGCUCUGGCGGAAUCGGGGUCUUAAUACUGAGGAUCCGAAUGCGUUGGGAUGUUUGAUUCCCGCGAGCACUGUUACGCUACUCACGCAGUAUAUCCGGGAAUCAAAUGAAGUUGCUCGUGAGCGCAAGCGUGAUUCCGCGUUCCAUUAUACGCUCUCGUCAAUAUUCUCGCUCAGUCACCACGCUGCUAUGUGUAACAUCUCCGCUGCCUGUUUUGCAGAAAUCGAGGAUGAAAAUGGGAUUGGUGAGGAUAGGCCGCGGUUGAAGAAGCCUGUUACGCAGAAGGCGCUGAGUGCGUUGGAGAAGGGUGGUGGGGUGAAAGUUAGUUGGCAGGAGUAUCGACUGCGGAUGCUGGAUUGGUUGGAUGCGGCGGGGAAUAGGGGGAUUGGGGAUUUGAUGAGGAGUACGAUGAAGGCUUUGCGGAAGGAAUAAUGGGAUUAUGUUUAUGGUGCAGGCAUUCCUUUUUUUUUUUGCUUGCCAUGAGUGGGCGGCUAUCAUUCUCAGUGUGAUGGUGUACAUUAGUCUGAAUAAGGGAGGCAUAACUGGUGAAUCCCACGGAUGGACAAACGACCACAGUUAACUAUAAUAAGACAGACAGAAAGUUUUAUAGCGACAGUCCAGGUUGCUAUUAAAGACAUGCACCGAGAAAACAGAAACAUAGGGCAGAUGCAAUACCAAAUGUCAAAAUAAGUCGAAAGCAGACCCUCCGGAACUCCAUCGUCCCUGGAAGGGAACUGAGCCCGAAGGCCGCACGCUGACGAACACCGAACACCC